GAUGGCGGUGCCCCUGACCGACAGCGAGAAAAGGAAGCAGAUCAGCGUGCGGGGCAUCGCCGGGCUGGGCGACGUGGCCGAGAUCCGCAAGAGCUUCAACCGGCACCUCCACUUCACGCUCGUCAAAGACCGGAACGUGGCCACCCCGCGGGAUUAUUACUUCGCCUUGGCGCACACCGUCAGGGACCAUCUGGUGGGCCGCUGGAUCCGGACGCAGCAGUAUUACUACGAGAAGGACCCCAAGCGUAUUUAUUACCUGUCUUUGGAAUUCUACAUGGGCCGAACACUUCAGAACACGAUGGUGAACCUGGGUUUGCAGAAUGCUUGUGACGAAGCAAUUUACCAGCUUGGGUUGGACCUGGAAGAGCUAGAAGAGAUUGAAGAAGAUGCUGGCCUUGGCAAUGGAGGUCUGGGGCGUCUAGCAGCUUGCUUUCUAGACUCUAUGGCAACACUAGGACUUGGGGCCUACGGCUAUGGCAUCCGCUAUGAAUUUGGCAUUUUUAAUCAGAAGAUUGUUGAUGGCUGGCAGGUGGAAGAAGCUGAUGAUUGGCUACGUUAUGGCAAUCCUUGGGAAAAAGCCCGCCCAGAGUACAUGCUCCCCGUGCACUUCUAUGGCCGAGUGGAACACACUCCAGAUGGCAUCAAAUGGGUUGAUACUCAGGUAGUGCUUGCCAUGCCUUACGACACGCCUGUUCCAGGAUACAAGAACAAUACAGUCAACACUAUGAGGCUGUGGUCCGCCAAAGCUCCCAAUGACUUCAACCUUGAAGAGUUUAAUGUCGGUGAUUAUAUCGAGGCCGUGCUGGACAGAAACUUGGCAGAAAACAUCUCCAGAGUACUAUACCCAAACGAUAAUUUCUUUGAAGGGAAAGAGCUGCGUUUGAAACAGGAGUACUUUGUGGUAGCGGCCACUCUCCAGGAUAUCAUACGACGAUUCAAGUCUUCCAAAUUUGGUUGUCGGGACCCCGUCAGAACCUCUUUUGAAACUUUCCCUGACAAGGUUGCCAUUCAGCUAAAUGAUACCCAUCCUGCCCUCGCUAUUCCUGAGCUCAUGAGAAUCCUCGUUGAUGUUGAAAAAAUGGAUUGGGAUAAGGCCUGGGAAAUCACAAAACGAACCUGCGCGUAUACCAACCAUACGGUGCUGCCUGAAGCUCUGGAACGCUGGCCUGUCUCUGUGUUCGAGAAGCUCCUGCCAAGGCACCUGGAGAUCGUUUAUGCGAUUAACCAAAAACAUCUGGAUAACGUGGCAGCCCUUUUCCCAGGAGAUGUUGACCGCCUCCGAAGGAUGUCUGUGAUUGAGGAAGGCGACUGCAAGAGGAUCAACAUGGCCCACCUCUGUGUUAUUGGUGCUCAUGCAGUCAACGGUGUUGCCAGGAUCCAUUCGGAAAUUGUGAAGAAUUCUGUGUUCAAAGAUUUCUAUGAGCUGGAGCCGGAGAAGUUUCAGAACAAGACUAAUGGCAUCACCCCUCGGCGGUGGCUUCUGCUGUGCAACCCAGGUCUCUCUGAUGUCAUUGUGGAGAGAAUUGGAGAGGAUUUCAUCACUGAUCUGAGCCAGCUGAAGAAGCUGUUGGAUUUCGUUGACGACGAGGCCUUUAUCAGGGAUGUAGCCAAAGUUAAACAGGAGAACAAGCUCAAAUUCUCUGCUUACUUGGAACAACAGUACAAGGUGAAGAUCAACCCUUCCUCUUUGUUUGAUGUGCAUGUCAAGAGGAUUCAUGAGUACAAGAGGCAGCUCCUCAAUUGCCUACAUAUCAUCACUCUCUACAACCGCAUUAGAAAAGACCCCAAAAAAUCCUAUGUGCCAAGAACUGUUAUGAUUGGAGGAAAGGCUGCUCCUGGCUACCACAUGGCAAAAAUGAUUAUUAAACUGAUCACAUCCAUUGGGGACGUAAUCAAUAACGAUCCUUACAUAGGAGACAGACUGAAAGUCAUCUUCUUGGAGAAUUACAGAGUGUCCCUUGCUGAGAAAGUGAUUCCGGCUGCAGACCUGUCUGAACAGAUCUCCACAGCUGGGACUGAGGCGUCCGGAACAGGAAAUAUGAAAUUCAUGUUGAAUGGAGCCCUCACCAUUGGGACCAUGGAUGGGGCCAAUGUGGAGAUGGCAGAGGAAGCCGGAGAAAAUAACCUCUUCAUUUUUGGCAUGCGGGUGGAGGACGUGGAGGCAAUCGAUAAGAAAGGGUACAAUGCUAAGGACUACUAUGACAGGAUCCCAGAGCUCAGACAAGUUAUUGAUCAAAUUAGUAACGGCUUCUUCUCGCCAAAUGAUCCAGAUUGCUUCCGAGAUGUUGUCAACAUGCUGAUGUACCAUGACAGGUUUAAGGUAUUUGCUGAUUAUGAAGCCUAUAUCAAAAGUCAACGGCAAGUGGAACAGUUGUUCAUGAAUCCCAGAGAGUGGACUAAAAAGGUGAUCAAGAACAUUGCAUGCUCUGGCAAGUUUUCCAGCGACAGGACAAUCACGGAAUAUGCCAGAGAAAUCUGGGGAGUGGAGCCUUCUGCCGUGAAGAUCCCCCCGCCCAACAUCCCCAGGGAGUAAUCUGCUGCAGAGGGGCCUGCGCACACCCUGGUCGCCUUGCCA